UCACCAAUUUAUGAAAAUCAGAAGUUGGUGCGGCCAAUGGGUCCGGCUUUACUCUUCUGCUGGAGAGAGAAACGCGGUAGACUUGCACAGAGAGAGAGAGAGAGAGAGUGGCCUUACUUCUUAGAGAGAGACCCUCACGUUUCUUUGUUGUUGUCAUGGUGGUUGUUAUAAGUUGGAAGAGGUAGAUUGGUGUCCAUGUGUUAGCAUUUGGACAGAAGGUAACAAAAAGACUGGCUUCUUUUUUUUAAGUGGGCAGUUUUUGGAUCAGAUUUAAGGCCGUAAAGGCGAAGCUCAAAGACGAAAGGGCUCUCGAUCUGACCCUGCGAAGUUUCUCCAACUUUGAUUCUUGAUUCUUGGUUUGGCGGUUGACUUUCUCUAUGAGAGUGUGCUUCUAAGAUGGAACAAUCUUCGAAUGCUCAAAGGGGCAUCCGAAUUCAACCUCCACUGGUUGAUUCUGUAUCGUGCUAUUGCAGAGUAGAUUCAGGCUUGAAAACUGUUGCUGGGGCAAAAAAAUUUGUCCCGGGAUCAAAACUUUGCAUUCAGCCUGAUAUCAAUCCUAAUGCACACAAGAGCAAAAACUUACGACGAGAAAGGACUCGAGUGCAGCUACCCCUCCUGCCUGGCCUACCUGAUGAUCUUGCCAUUGCUUGUUUGAUCCGAGUUCCUCGUAUUGAACAUAGAAAGCUUCGUCUAGUUUGCAGGAGAUGGUAUCGUCUUCUGGCUGGAAAUUUCUUUUAUUCCCUUAGGAAAAGCCUUGGGAUGGCUGAAGAAUGGGUUUAUGUCAUCAAAAGAGAUCGUGAUGGAAGGAUUUCUUGGCAUGCUUUUGAUCCUACCUACCAGCUAUGGCAGCCACUUCCACCUGUUCCUGGGGAAUAUUCUGAAGCACUGGGUUUUGGCUGUGCCGUUCUUAGUGGAUGCCGCCUGUAUUUAUUUGGAGGAAAAGAUCCACUAAAGGGAUCCAUGAGACGGGUCAUUUUCUAUAGUGCCCGGACAAAUAAAUGGCAUAGGGCACCAGACAUGCUUAGAAAACGUCAUUUUUUUGGUUCUUGUGUCAUAAAUAACUGCCUUUAUGUGGCCGGUGGAGAAUGUGAAGGAAUCCAAAGGACUCUCCGUUCUGCUGAAGUUUAUGACCCCAACAAGGGUCGUUGGAGCUUUAUUACAGAGAUGAGCACGGCUAUGGUGCCAUUUAUUGGAGUUGUUCACAAUGGAAUGUGGUUUCUAAAAGGUCUUGGGUCUCACCGUGAGGUCAUGAGUGAUGCCUAUUCUCCUGAAACUAAUACCUGGACCCCUAUUAGUAAUGGCAUGGUCACAGGUUGGCGGAACCCUAGUAUCUCCUUAAAUGGACAGCUCUAUGCCUUGGAUUGCCUUGAUGGAUGUAAGCUUCGAGUUUAUAAUAGAACCACAGAUUCGUGGGACAAAUUUAUAGAUAGCAAGCUCCAUCUAGGGAGCUCUCGUGCUCUUGAGGCUGCUGCUCUUGUUUCCCUUAAUGGAAAGCUUUGCAUUAUCCGUAACAACAUGAGCAUCAGCCUAGUUGAUGUUUCAAGUCCGGAUAAACAGGUGGAGAGCAACCCUCGUCUUUGGGAAAAUAUUAUUGCUGGGAAAGGUCAUUUCAGGACUCUUGUAACAAAUUUAUGGUCAAGUAUAGCAGGUCGGAGUGGUUUGAAGAGUCACAUUGUGCACUGUCAGGUGCUUCAAGCAUGAGAAUCAGAGUCAUGGUUUGCUUAUUGAAAGACUUCCAUGGAAUGGGAAUUUAGAAUAGAAAUUGUUGUUUUCAAUGGAACUCUAUGAGAAAAACAUUGAGUUAGUAAAAUCUCCAUGCUCAUUUCUUGUGAGGGAUUUGAGACCGGACAUAACUGAGCAUGCUUUACAUGCAAUAACCUGGCAAGGGUGGUUUCUAUGGUUUCGGAAAUAGAAUUUGGGGAAUUUCUUACGCUCAUGAGGGAGCGGAUACUUGUAAAUCUUCUUCUUUGGGUUAGGUGAUUGUCUUUUGUCGUGGGAUCUAAUAUUAGUAAUAUGUCAUCUUGAAGAUGCUAUGUGAAGUCAAGUAUGCAUCAUUAGUUUUCAUUUAAAACUUAGUUGUGAAAAGGUUUUACGUGUA